CUUUGGUGAAAUCACUUCGCCUCUUUCGUCAGUUUUUAUGAAUCGUUUGACUCGUCCGGCUAACCUGUUCAACCCGCACGACUCCAUCACCUCAAGAACCCGCCUUCCUCUCAACGUUACCAUCAAAUCUCAGCUUCGCAGUUCACCAACCUCCACCGGCGCCUCCGCCGUACGCCUUCGCAUCCAACGCCGGGAACUCUCUCUCUCUGCCGUCCACCGGAGAAGAAUGGACUCUGAUUCUCCGGCGAAUCUCUCCGGCAGUGUAAUCGAUGAUUUCGUCAACGUUCAGAAUCCGCCGAAUGAGGAACCACUAUCGCCGAUUCACGGCAACGACCCUAAUUUGAUCGCAAUUGAUAGUGAUGAUAGGUCUGCUGAUGGAGGAGAGAGAAUUAGUGGAAGGGAAAGUGAGAGUGAAGGUGGCGUUGGCGGCGGCGAAGAAUCGGAAAAUAGAUCUCUUCCUGAAGAGCUUUCAAGAAAUGUUGUUGUUUUGUCGUGCAACAAUGGCGACGGUGAAAUUUGCGACGUUUAUGUCGUCGGAACUGCUCAUGUGUCUGAGGAUUCGUGCAGAGAGGUUCAAGCUGUAAUCAGUUUCUUGAAACCGGAGGUUGUUUUUUUGGAGCUUUGUUCAAGUCGAGUGUCUAUACUUACCCUUAAAGAUUUAAAGGUACCAACCAUGACUGAAAUGAUAGACUCAUGGAAGAAAAAGCAGAAUGUUUUUGGAAUAAUCUACAGUUGGUUUCUAGCAAAGAUUGCUGAUAAACUUGAAGUUCUCCCUGGCUCUGAGUUCCGAGUAGCAUUUGAAGAAGCAAUGAAGCAUGGCUGCAAGGUGGUACUUGGCGAUCGACCUGUUCAAGUUACAAUACGACGGACGUGGGGUAAAAUGCCGCUUUGGCAUAAAAUAAAAUUGCUUUACUCUUUCCUCUUCCAAGCAGUAUUUCUUCCAGGCCCAGAUGACUUAAAUAGAAUGUUAAAGGAAAUGGAUGAUGUCGAUAUGUUGACUUUGGUGAUUCAAGAGAUGAGCAAGGAGUUCCCCACAAUGAUGGAGACACUUGUGAAUGAGCGAGAUAGGUAUAUGUCAUCUACGUUAUUGCGAGUUGCGAGGGAGCAUACUUCAGUGGUUGCAGUUGUUGGGAAGGGUCAUCUAAAGGGUAUAAAAAUGAACUGGGAGCAGCCUGUUGAGGUUAAUGAACUUUUGGAAAUUCCAACAAGUCGGCCUGUCCUGUCAGCUGUGAAGGUCCUGGCAGCUUUUGGAGUAGCAGUUGCAGGGGCUGCUAUAGUUUCUGGUAUAUACCUGGCAGCAAAGAAGCAGUCUUAGAGUCCUUUUCCUAAUUUAUGAAUCUUCUUGAUUCAGAGAUUGUUGAUAGGAGGUCAUACAUACGACGUACUGAAGCUACAAACGUUACAUGUUUGCUCGCUGACAAAAGUUGAUUACCUUUUACUGAUCAUUGAGCUUUCACUGCCUCAUACUUGGUGUGUCUUGAAAAUAUUUUACAAUUGAAGACACUCAGGGAAUAGAGGCAAAAUAUGAUAUUGACGUACUCUGUUGACUGUCAGUGGCUCUAGGAGGGAUGCGUAGAUACUUUAGUCUAUUAAUGGUAUAAAAUUAAUAUUAUUUUUCGGUAAAUUCUCCUGUUGUAAUGCUAUUUGAAUGAAACAGAUGUUCCUUUUUUUUCUUUUCUUUUUUGACAUGUGCUAAACAAACAUUAAUGAGGGUAAGAAAAUGUACAAGUUGUAGUCACCCCUGAGGCAAGCGCCUUCUA